GUUUGUCGUGUAGACUCCAACCAACCACAACAGUAUCCCUAGCAGCAAUGGCGAUGCUAUCAACUUCUCAACUUUCCGCCGCUGCUCCCCCGCCGCUAUUCUCCGGACUCCGCCGCUCCUCCACAACGCAGUCCUUCUUCUUUCAAUCCGUCAAUUCUCACAUUCGUUUCUCUUCUGCUUCUGCUCGACCUUCUAGCAGCAUCAUCGCCAUGGCCGGCACCGGCAAGUUCUUUGUUGGCGGCAACUGGAAAUGUAACGGAACAAAAGAUGCUAUCAAACAGCUAGUCUCAGACUUGAACAGUGCAACUUUGGAGCCUGACGUUGACGUUGUUGUGGGACCCCCUUUUGUUUAUAUAGAUCAAGUUAAAAGCUCAUUAACUGAUCGCAUUGAGAUAGCUGCUCAAAAUUCUUGGAUUGGGAAAGGAGGAGCCUUCACCGGAGAGAUAAGUGCUGAGCAAUUGAAAGAUAUUGGAUGCAAAUGGGUAAUCCUUGGACAUUCCGAGAGGAGACAUGUGAUUGGGGAAGAUGAUCAGUUUAUAGGGAAGAAGGCUGCGUAUGCCUUGGGCCAGAAUCUUGGAGUAAUUGCUUGCAUAGGAGAACUGUUGGAAGAUAGAGAAGCAGGCAAAACUUUUGAAGUUUGUUUCAAACAACUGAAGGCCUAUGCAGAUGCGGUGCCCAGUUGGGACAACAUUGUUAUUGCAUACGAGCCUGUAUGGGCUAUCGGAACCGGGAAAGUGGCUUCACCUGAGCAGGCUCAGGAAGUACACGUGGCUGUUCGUGAUUGGCUUGCUAAAAACGUAUCACCCGAAGUUGCAUCUAAGACACGUAUCAUCUAUGGAGGAUCUGUAAAUGCGGGAAACUCUGCUGAGCUGGCGAAGAAAGAAGACAUUGAUGGAUUCCUUGUGGGUGGUGCUUCGUUAAAGGGUUCUGAUUUUGCAACCAUCAUUAAUUCCGUGACGGCUAAGAAAGUUGCCGCUUAAACUUGAUGAUCAAGUCACAUUCGACUUCGGAGUGGGGGGCAAGUAAGCACCAAUCAAUUUUUAUACACCAGAUUUGUAACAGAUAUUAUUAUGACCCCAAGUCCACAACACAGAAUAUGCAAUAAAGUAAAUGGAACAUUUAUGCAAUAUACUUGUAUCCUUCUUAGUCCAA